CGAAAGGACAACAUCCGCUAGGGGCGGCAACUCAAGCCGCUGUUUCCGAUGCAGACCAACAGCUCGGCCCUCACUCAAUCCACACCACAGACCAGUGUGAAGUCCAUGGAGCAAUUUCAUAUAUAAGCCAUGCAAGAAAAAUGUUAUUCCCAUUUAUAACUGUUUAAAAACGAGAGAUUAGCCAAAUAUCUUGAUUUUAUUUUGAAAUGAUUGGUGCAUAUUAUUGACAUGCUGCGGGAUCAUUGACUCCUCAGUUUCAUUCAGUAAACAACUCGGUUCCAGCAUGACUGCAGUGAAGAGGUCAUUGAGAGGAGUCAAGAUAAAUAAGCGGUACUGUGAUAAUGCUGGAGAAGGUGAAGAUGCAAAAUUACCUCGAAAACGAUGUGAAAGACAGAGCUGCCCUGCAGAAGUGCCUCUCUGUUUUGCCAGGGUAUCAGACAAGUGUGCAGGCAGCAAGUGGACUUCACGAUGGUACCAUAUCACAGCAGCAGAACAUUUUUGUAAUGAAUGUUUUGAGUACUUCUAUCGGAGUCAUAAGCAUGGCUAUCAGGUGUUUGAAGAAUGGAAGAGAGAGUGGUCAACUUAUGGGUGCACAGAUGCUGGCUUAAAGAAAUUCAUGACUGACUGUUUGGUACCAUACUGGGUCCAAUGCACAGUACCAGAAUGCAAGAAAUGGCGGCAGCUAUCAAAAGACUUGGAUUUAAAGCCAUCUUUUAUCGACAAAUAUGUUUGUGGAAUGACUGGAGCUGGUGUGAAGAAAGGCAACCAAAAAGAUGCUUGCCAUAAUCCAGAGGAUGAGCGUGUAGAAUAUGUCAAAGAGGAACUAUGGCUUCGGCAGGCAACAAUACCUCCAUAUUUGAAAAACUCCCCUGCAGCACCCAUGCUGAUGGGAUACUAUCCUGACGGGGUUGGGAUCAGUGCCACAGAUCCUGUCAUGCAGACCAAGAAAUCAAAGCCAACCGUUAAUCCAUGUUGUGAGUUUCUUCGGCCAUUUUUGCAUUCGGAACGCCGAGAACUUGCUGGAAUGGUUCGCCCUGACAUGAUGACAGAGAGUGAGAUCUCUGCAUUCCCUUUACUGGCCCAGGAACAGCCCUUCAUGUACCUAGCCAUACGGAAUCUGGUUAUGGCCAUCUGGGCUCUUGAUAUUAAGGAAUGGGUGACACGAGAACAGUGUGCACGCCAACUUAUCUGCAGAGGUUUAAAUCGUGCCUGCUGCGUCCUGUUUCUGGACCCUAUUCUAGCCUACCUUACAUCCAGGGGACUCAUUAAUGUUGGGCUUGUGGCACCUCCUACAUACCUCCAUAUCCCAAGUUCUGUCCAGUGCAAAGUGCUGGUCAUUGGAGCAGGAGCUAGCGGGCUGGCAGCAGCACAGAGACUCUCUCACUUUGGGUUUAAGGUCAAAGUUUUAGAAAGCAAAAGUAGAAUUGGAGGUCGUGUGUGGGAUGAAGAUCAUAAUGGAGUCCCAUUUGCCCAUGGGGCCACUCUGCUGGCAGGAUCUGUCAAUAACCCAAUGGCUCUUAUUGCAUAUCAGAGUGACCAGCCAGUCCAUAAGGUCACUGACCGAUGUCAUCUUGUUUUGGACUCUGGAAGACUAGUUGAUCCUGUAAGAGAAAAGCGCCUGGAAUUCCAUUUCAAUGCUAUGUUGGAUGCUGUAGCACAGUGGCGAGAGCUUGGCAAGCCAGACAGGAGUUUGUUGGAUUUAAAGGAUGUUGUGCUAAAAGUAGUUUUAAGAAUGUUUACUGAACUCCAUCAAGAAUUUGUGGAAGAAACACAAUUGGUCUUUACAGAGGAGGAGCAGCAGAUACUUCAGUUUCACCUGGCAUCACUGGAAUAUCGGGGCUGCCCUCUUCACAAACUAUCAGCCCGAAGUUGGGACCAGAAUGAGGCCAUGCCCCAGUUCGGUGACCCCAUCUGCUGCUGCCAGGAGGUUUCAGUCCCCUUCUACAUAGCUUGGCAAACAACAUUGAUAUUUCUUUCAACACCCGUGUGCACUGUGGACUACAGCAAGAAUAAGAUUAUGGUCAAAACAGACUCUGGAGAGUCACAUACUGCUGACAAGGUAAUUAUUACAGUCCCAUUGGCAGUUUUGAAGUCAGGGGGAAUUACUUUCACACCUCAACUACCUGACAGUAAAAAAAAGGCCAUCGCCAUGCUUGGAGUGGGAAAAGUAGAAAAGGUCAUUCUUCAGUUUUCUGAGAACUUCUGGCAGGGUAAAGUUAAAGGGGAUGAUUUUUUUGGUCGUGUCCCUCAAGAUGCAUCUCAGCGAGGACUCUUCAAUCUCUUUUACACUGUGCCUGCCAAAAAGUCAGGUGCCAGAAACGUGCAUAUCCUUGUCACUCACAUUGUUGGUGAGGCACUCGGUGUCAUAUGUGGCAAAUCUGAGGAUGAGAUCAAGGAUAUGUGCCUUGAAACACUCUGUAGAAUUUUUCGCAGAAAGGUGCCAAACCCUGUCAGCUGGGCAGUAACAUCAUGGCAUAGGGAUCCUGACAUUAAAAUGGCCCAGACUUUUCUCCCUGUGGGAGUUGAUGGACAAGCACUAGACACAAUGGCAGAGGCUGUUGCAGACAAACUAUUUUUUGCAGGAGAGGCAACCUGUCGGCAGUUUCCACAGUCUGUGGCUGGAGCAUACAUCAGUGGCAUACGAGAAGCCAGCAAAAUAAUUGACAGCUUUGUUGACGACAUUGAACCCAACUCCUCCUUCACAGAGUUCAAUAAUGGGAUAAACAACCAAAUGGUUGAACUCAGGUGCCACCUACUCCUAGCAUUAGCUUGGUCUGGUGAUAGACCACUGUUUAUUUCAUUAUCAUGCAUGCCAGCACAUCUUCAUCACAACCAUGUGUACUGUUCACUUACUAACACAUCUUCAUUUAAACAUUUGACAUCAAAUGGUCUAUUGGCUCUGCAAUUUAUGAGUUUGAUAGCACUGAGAUAAAGAAGGGGUGUCGAGUCAAACUCACUGUCAAACAGAAUCCAUCUUACAGUCAGCAUAAGAGGGUAUGUUAAAUUAUGUCCUGUGGACAUCUAUCUUCGUUCUUUUCACAUAUUUUAAGUGACUUCAAUAAUUCAGUAUCCAAUAAAUUCAUAGACUCUGGCAAAAGCCUAAAAUCCCUUAAAUACUCAUUAUGUACUUAUAAGUGCCGUCAUGUUUCCACUGGUUUCCCAAUUUUCCCAUAAACUGUCAUCCAUUGUUAAAUCAACCAAGUUUAUUGACACAAGCAUCAGAGGUUAUUUUUUCAGUAGAACUGUGAGACUGCGCAUGAUAGUGUGUGUGUUAUAGAUACCACCUAACUUCUGGUAAGAUGCCAUAGAGGUUAGGAGUUUGUUAUAGCACUGAUCUCAUGAGCUUAUUAAAUCUUUUGUGAAGGAUAUGCUGUGCUGUGUCUUGUUGCAACCUUUUAAAAACUGUUGUGAAAAGCUCUCAUGCCUCUUAAAUUUGAUCAUGUCUCAUUUUUACACAUGCUUCAGUCCAGAAGAAACGUUUGGUUCCAGAGCCAUUAAAAGGGGAGGUUUCCUUUUAUGAUGCCUUUAACACUGUAAAUGUUCACUGCUGCAUUGACUGAAUGGAAAAGAGAAACUGUUAAAUGGAGAAGAGAAACUGGGAAAUGUAGAGGGUUAAAAAGACAGUGUAAAGAUGUGCACUCAUAUGGAACUUGUGAUAAUGAAAGCAGUUCAAAUGGCCUGUUAUAUUAAAUUCCAGGUGUACAGAAGGAAAGAGAACUGCUAUAUUGGCUGGAAUUUUCUAUCAGGCUGCGAUUACCAUUGGCAGAAAACAUUUUGAAUAGAGUUUUUAUGAUGAUUUUAUUUUUUGAACAGCUUGAGUUUGCCAUGACAUUAUAAUAUGAAAUUACUCUCCUGUAGACGUUUACAUAGAUGAAAGAAAAUAGCUAAAAAUAGAUGCAUUGACAACAUGUUUUUAUAGAAGUAUUUGGGAGAGUGUUUAAUAAAGACUUUUUAUCUUUAUUAUGAACUGAUAGGGAUGACUAUUGUAUUCUUACUGCAUACAUGCAAUUUAUACUCUUAGCAAAGAAGAGUUUUUCGUCAUAAAUUGCAAUCUUAUACUUUGUGAAGCUCCACUGAUUCAUAGUGCAUCUCAUUAUUCCUUAAAGUAUUGUGAUUGAAUUAUUGGCUUUUCAGAUGUUGAGGGUGUUGGGCGACUGUACAUGCUUUUUGAUGAAACAGAGGUCAUACACAUUCUUUUGAUGAAUUUUGCAAAUUUUUUACUACAGAUGAAUGAUAUAUGAUGUGAUAAACUGCUACAUCCCUUAAAAGGAUUUUCUAACCAAUUUUUAUAUUUUCUAUUUGUAAAUAGAAAGAGCUGCAAAUAAAUCACAUGGGUGGGCGUUGGGGUCUUUUGUACACGUUUCAGGAGGCUUAUGCAUGUUUGUUUUACUAGUCUUGUGCUCACAGUCAAAGCUAGUGUGUUGCAUUAAGAUGUUUCUGAUAGCAUUUUCAAAUUUUGAUUUUUGAAAUAUGCGAAGGCUUUGUAUGAUUUAGUAAGGUAAAUAAUUUUGUAAGGUACAUAAUAUUGCCUCAGAACAAUGCAAGGAAAAGAUGGAAUGACCACAGUACCUCAUGUAGAUGACUUAAUUGUUGUUUGGAUUUGUUUUGCUUUUCUUGGUGACAUUUUUUUCUGGUUUUGUUUGUUUAAUCAUGGGGUUGUAAGGAGAGGUUAGUUUUCUGUCUUUAAUUUUUUUUCACAACAUUCGCCUCUAUAAACUUUUCAUUUUGUUUUGGAUAUUUUUUGCAAACGUCAAUGCAGGGUGGACAAGCAAAAAUAAGGAAAGGUCCAUUGCAUGUUGUUCGGGGAUUUUUUUUUGUGGGGGAGGGGGAUUUGUAGUUGCUUUCAUGUCUGUAAUGGGUUUCACAUUUAGUAAUUGAUUUUGCAUUUUCCUUGUAUUAAAUUGGCCAGUACUUGAAAGUGACUAGUGAAGUUUGACUGGUUACCAUCAUAAAUAUCUCUAAAUUAGCUUGCUUAACAUCACUGUCAGCAUGUACCACUGGGUCUUAUCUGGUAUGCUGAUGCUUAGCAUUUGAGCUUUGAGGCAUGUAAAUCUUCUUGUCACCAUUUUCUUUUUCUUUUGAUUAGGUUGAUUUUCUGAGAUCACAUUGCAUGAAAUAUCGGGUUAACUGGCUAAUAAUCAGACAGAAAUGCCAUUUGGUUCCUUUAGACAGGCACUUGUUUAUGAAUGUUCUUAAUGUUGUGCUUGUUGACAUGAGCUGCAUCACAUUGGUGUAACAGGGAUCUGAUUUUUUUAUGCAAUGGUUUAAGUGUGACAGCUUUUGCCUAAGCAUCGUUUUGCAGUUUUCUUAUUUUUAACUACCGUCUUAAUACUUUUCUCUCAUUUCCUGACAGGUUAUUCUUGUGUUUGCUUGUGCUUUCCUCUUAGCAUCUUUUUCUCUUCUGCAUAUUUUGAGUAUCUUUUUCAAUCCUUCUUUUGCUUUGCUUGUUCUGAUACUGAUACUUCUUGAUCCCUAUUGCCUGCUGUUGGUUUUGGAGUGUUAUUUUUUUGUCUUUGUGUGCAUGUGUUUGAAAAUACUAUUUCAUGCAAGAAUUUGUUUUGCAGCAUUUUGUCUUUAGUUACUAACAUAAGAUUUCUGUUCAUCACCCAUAUGAUCAAGAAAAUAAACUUUAACAAAGCCUUUCA